AUGGCCAGGAACCAAAAGGAAAAGACCUUUCUUCCUCAAGUUCUCUAUCGGUCACUCCCCCGACAGCUGAGACGGGGCAUGCUUUUCUCCAACCUAAACCCAAGAAGCAUGGAGGAGUGCACCUCUAUCUCCAGCGUGCCUCCAGUCUUUCACUUCAGCCCGCAGCACUGUGCAGACCUCAAGAGCCAGUAUUUUAAAAAGGCGGCUUCAAACCUUACCUUCUCUCAGGAGGUGGUGUGGCAGCGAGGGCUAGCCAGCCUUUCUUACAGCCAGUGCAGCUUCCAUCACCUCUACAAUGCAGACAGCAUCAUCCAGCCUCCCCAUAUCAGGAAGGCCCGGCCUGAGAAACCCGUCAGCUUCAAGUUGUUGCAUUCUUCAAGUCCCUUAGCCAGGGUCAGCUCCCAGGCUGAGAAAACAGAAAGUCCUACCUAUUUUAGGAAGAAGCUAACGAAGUCCAAGUCAGGAAGCACCGUCCAGAAAAAGUCUUGCCUUCCCAUUCCUCUUUGCUGCAUGGAUCCAGACUUUCUGAGCUUGCCACCUACUCCAGAUCUGGAACUGGAUGAGGAAACCUGGCUUCUGCCCCACGAGAAGGAGGCCAGAGCCUGGGAGGCCAUCGUGCUGGAAAAGCUGGACAAGCGCACGGCCAGAUGGAUACAGAACAAGCGUCCUUUAAGGCCCGGGGUCUCCCCCAACAAGUGGCAGAGCUUCUUGCGCCAACAAUACGACUGGAGCCACAUCCGCGAUGAGCUCAGUUCCGCCAGCGACCUGGAGCUCUUGAAAGAACUGGAGGAAGCAGAGAUGGCGGAUUUUGAGGAACAAAGUGUCACCCUGCCCACGGAGGAGAAAAAGCAGCCAGAGCUGCUGCUUCCUGUUUAUUAUCGAUUGCCCAGUUACUCGCCUCAAGAGCAGGGUGUUGAAACAACAUCUGACAACAAGGCCACUGAGGAUAUCAACGAAGAGAUCAUCUGCCAGUCCCCAGUCCAGAGCUACGUCCGGCAGGUGACUCGCCAAGCUGGAAAGUAUGCUUACUCCACCGACAACACCUUUGAACAGGAGAUUUACUUUGAUAAAGUCCAGAUCAUCCACCGGAUUGGUGCAAAGAGAGACCAAAUUUUCCUGGAGAACCUCAACCAGUACCACAAGCAGCUAGCUAAGGUCUUCCCGGAAACCCCAGAAAGGUGGACCUCCCAGCCAGUUCCUGAAGCACCUUGCAGGCCCGUGAAAGGAGCCCCGCGCUGGACUGCUUUGCCCACCCCAGUCAAGGAUCUGCUGGUGCAGGGGCGUGAGGACAUGUCCACUAAGGCCAAGAAACUGAAGAUGCAGGCGGAUUCACUGAAGGAGGAUGUGCCCUGGAAACUGCUGGUCCUGCGGAGGAUGUUGCAGGAAUGGAGGACCGCCUGGGCUCUGAUCAUCGAGUGGCGCCAUAAGACAAUAGAGGGUCUGCUGCGGGGCUUGGUGGACAUGCAUGAUGAUAUUCGGAUCCAAGCCAUCACCACGUGUGCCACCGCCGCUUUAGAACGGCCCCGGAUUGCCAUCAGGCAGGGGGACUCAGCCCCAUCAAUCCAGGACUUGCCAGAGGUUCUACUCCCGCCUCUGGAGGCUGCUCUUGGAGACCAGAAUUUCAAUGUGCAGAUGGCAGCAGCAAUAUGCCAAUAUGCUAUACAGUCACACAAUCCCCUUGCCCAGGACAUCAUGCAUACUGCCCUUUUGAAAGGUAAUAGCGUGGACAGCUGGGCUGCAGCUCAGUGCUUGGCUCUGGAUGGUGUGGACAUUUACCCUGUGAUUAAGAGGAUCCUCCAUCAGCUGUUUCACAAGAAGAAUGAGGACACUGAGCACCAGGCUUGCCUGCUCCUGAGCCAUCUCAGUGGGAAGAUGACCCUGAUACACACCAUGCUUGCUGUGGAGCUGAAUAGCCAUCAAUGGAAGGAUCGGGUUGUGGCCUGCCGGGCUCUUUCACGGGUCAGUGGAAAUGUCUGUUUGGAUUUGAAACAUAAGUUGAUCCAGCUGAUGUGGAGUGACUGGAAUAAGGAAGUAAGACAAGCAGCUGCCGAAACUCUGGGGCGAAUGAAUCUUGGGAAAGAGCUGCAUGAUACAAUCAGAAUCAAGCUGAGUCUAGGAAAUUCCCAAGAGCGUGUGGAAGCCCUGUCUCUGAUUGGUGGGCUCAAGCUCAUGACCGCCAAGCUUUUCCCCAGCUUCCUUAACUGCUUCUCUGAUGACUUCAUGGCAGUUCGGCGAGCAGCCUGUUUAGCAGCAGGUGCCCUGCAGAUCCGUAAUACAAUGGUUUUUGAAUGCCUCCGGAAUCUGAUACAGAAAGAUCCUUACUGGAAAAUCAAGGCCUUUGCCCUUCAAGCUUUGGGACAGAUUGGCCAAGUGAGUCCCCAGCUGACAGACCUCCUGCUCUGGGCUAUACACUAUGAAGCAUCACCAGGUGUACGUCUGGAAGCUUGCCGUAGCAUCCUAGCCCUCAACCUUCAAGGGGACCGGGUCAGGGACACCUUCCUAGACGUGCUGCUCCUAGAAAAACAUGAUGCUGUUCUAAAGGAAAUUCAUCAGGCAAUGAAGAUACUCAAGAUACAACGUGAAGGAAACAAAGAAAUGCUUCAGGAGAUCAAGAACAGGAUUCAAACACUAAACCAAAAGGACUUGCUGACGCAGAAAAUAUUCAAGAUAGAGAAGGCCAUAAAAAAAGUAAAGGGGGAAGCAAAACAUAUUUACUUGCAGCCCAAAGAGGGGCAAAAACCACAGAAACUACAUACUUUUCUUCAAGAAACUUUUCAAGAUGUGGUGGUUCCUAAAACAUCCUCUGAGUUUUUUGACACUGCAGCAGGCCUAAAGCCUGUGAGAUCUCGCACACCAGGUCCCUGGUCACGGAGUCCAGCCUUUGACCUAAACACAAGAAGGAGAAAUCAAUCAUCACUUGUCAAAGAUCUACGCACCGCCUGGGAAAAAAGGAUUGCAAUGGGACCGUUUGGAUCUGACAGCGCAGAUUUCUAGCUGAGA